UUUGCGCCUCUGAAGCAGCGAAGUGGGGAAAAGACACCUGAGAAGCGGAAGAGAUUGUUUCCACGUCCAGAUGGCAACCGGGUCAAGAUAGUUGACUAACUUUUUUUUGCGAAGGAUUACCGAACAUUGACUUUGUUUACUAGUUGAAGAAAAACUUUGCCUAAUUCUUCACCUGCACCGCAUUACCUUGUUCUUUUUCCACCAUUACGGGCUCACCUUUCCUGUACGGCCAGCGGGCCAUGACCGUCGACCUGCCGCAGAAGCCGAUGCCGCCGGAGCGCCACCCGAGCAGCGAGGAUCCGGCCGAGGACCAACGACUGUCCGGCAAGGAUCCGGUCUCUCGUCCGGGCGCCGGCAUCCCUUCGCCGAACGCCUCGGCGCCCUCCUCUUUCCUGAUCCGGGACAUUUUAAGUGGAUCAGCAGCCCCCGCCGACCAGAAAGAACCACGUGGUUUCAACCCUCCCCUGGGAGGUCACGGGGCCCUAAGUGUCCUCCACCACCCUUUACACCCGCCGCCUCCACACUUCUUCCGACCGCUUCCAGCAGACCUCCGGAGGCCGAACGGGGGAGCACAGUUUUCACCCCCUCUAGAAGACGAUGUUGAUGACGGAGCGGUGUCCUCCGACGAAGAUGGUUCAAGGGACGUUGGAAACGAGGAUCACUCUGGUCCGGACGCGUCCGGCAGCCCGGAUCCUUCCCGCGUGGGAAGCCCUCCUUACAAUCUGAAGGUGAAGAAGCAGCGCAAGGCGCGGACGGCCUUCACCGACCAUCAACUGCAAACCCUGGAAAAGAGCUUCGAGCGCCAGAAGUACCUGAGCGUGCAGGACCGAAUGGAACUGGCGGCCAAACUCAACCUCACAGACACGCAAGUCAAGACUUGGUACCAGAACAGGAGGACGAAGUGGAAACGUCAGACUGCAGUAGGCUUAGAACUGCUAGCGGAAGCUGGAAACUACGCUGCUGUUCAACGUAUGCUCCAGACAUCCCCUUACUGGUUAAAUCACUAUGCCACCAACAUACCUUUCAGCAGUGUUUCUGGAAUGGACAUGUAUUAUAGGCAAGCUGCAGCCGUGGCACUACAGAAACCUAUGGCCUAUCGGAUGUAUCCUCAAGGUCCUGGAGCAGCUCCUUUGGGCCUACCAGUCAACUUUUCUUCUUCCAGUGUUCCUCCUAUGCCAGGAAGCAGUGCCACAGCACCGACCUCCCCCAUGUCCACAUCUACAACCCCGUCUCUGCCACCCUAUUUCGGAAGGGAGCCUCCUUGCUGAAACUGGACUUUUCCCUAAUAGGGAAUGACUACUAAUUUAUUGUACAGUUCCAACGCGGUGAAGACUAUACCUCGCUAUGUCCAUAUUGCGCUCGGUUGUAAAUUUGAAAGCACCAGAAGUCAGAAAAGAGAAACGGCUGUUACAAGGUCCAUAUUGCGUUUUCUAAUUGUAAAUUUGAAAGCUCUAGAAGUUCAAAAAGAGAAUCGGCUGUUUCUAACAUUGCGUUCAAUUGCAAAUUUGAAAGCACCAGAAAAAAAAAAAAUGUUGCUAAGGCACUUUCAUUGAAAGAGCUACAUUGCCAGUGAAAUUGGCUGAUGUUGACUAUCCUAGUUUAAACUAUUCAAGCUUAUACGAUUUUUAGUUGCCAUCUCUUCAGUUCUAUAGUACUUCGAAAAUCAUGUCAAUGGAUCUACUUAAGCUUAACAGCAAAACUACAUCCAAUCAAAUAAAGCAUCUCAUAUUGAAUGAAAGACUUUUGACACCAAGAGUAUCGUGGAAAUAACGUCAGUGGUAUUCCUCCAAGUCUCUAUAAAAUCAUCCAUCAGCUGACUUUUUUAUGUUCGCUCAUUUUCUGCCAAAAGUGAACAUUUCUUAUAUCACAAAUUAUGUUGUGGAAAUGAAAAUGAAAUCUUAACUUCAUAAAGGCAACUUAAUUUAUUUCUUUGAAACCGAACGAUCAAUUUAGUGAAUUCUUUGUGUAACAGAAACCAAAGUGAGUUCUUUUAUAUAUAUACAAAGUGUGUUCUCUUAAGCGUUUUUCUUUUAGUCACAAACCCGGUUUCAAAUUUUUUCACUAUGAGCUUAACAUUUGAGGAUCAUUCAAUCAUGUUUCUGUCUUGAGUAUAAAUUUGGUAGUUCAGUUUUAGAGUUACAAUUUAAAAGAAAAAAAAUAUGAAAAUAUAAAACAAAUAACAUUUUAAAUCAUUAAUUCAUUUUCCUUUUUGUCAUUAUGUAAAGGUUUUUUUCUUCCAAACAAACUUCUUUUAAAAGGUAGAUUCCCAGUUCAAAAGAACAGUCGUAAAGAAUUCUUUUUAUUAAGCUACAAUUUAAAAUGCGUAUCAUUUACUCAAAAUAAAUUCUGAAAAAGAUACAAGUGGCAUAAAUGUUAAUUUCACAUAUAAUUCAUCUUUAAAAAAAAAUAAAUGAACAAUUUUAAAGCUCAAUGACUCACACAACUGAGGACCAUUAAUAUAAAUUACGAACAUUUUCAAAAGUUAAAAAAAAAAAAAAAAAAAAAAAAAAAAAAAAAAACAAUAAAAUCAGUCAGUAAAUAAAGUUAAAUACUUUUAAAUUCCACCUCUUUCAGCAAUCAUGCAAUUUGAGUAUAUAGUUUCAGCUUAAAUUUCAUUGAAUUUCACAUGUAAAAAAAAAGGCAAAUUUUUAUAAUUUUUAAUUUUAUUUCUGAUUUUUUUUUCUUUGCCUUCACAAGUUGGUUUAAAGAGAUAAAUUUUUAAAAAGUCGUUUUAUUUUACCGAAAUUAUUGUAAUGCUAAAAGGAUUUAAUUAAAAAAAUAAAUAAAUAAGAUGAGCUCUUUCUUAUACUUAAUUAAAUUCUUAAACUCAUAUGCCACUCGUAUUUUGUUCAAAGUAUGCCAUCAAACCAAAAACACUGAGAUAGCAAGAGUUGAUAUCUCCUAAUUCUUUCUUUUUUAGGAUAGAAAAAUUCCGUCAAAAUUUGUUUAUUUCAUUACAUGUUAAAGGGAAAAUUACUUUCUGAUCAGAAGUUGUGAAAAAAAAAAAAGUGUUUGAAUCUUUUGGUAACACAAUCUAUGAGUUUAAAAGUCGCCCAGAAAAUAGAAUAUUAUUCGCUAUUUUAUAACCAACAUUUCUGAAGUAAAAUACUUAAUACAUAUUUUGCUACAUUUUCUAAAAAACAGCCGUGUCUGUACGACUUUGAGACCCAACACUGCUGGGUCGUUAACCAUCUAAACCAAAUUUAAAUCAUUGGCGAGCUUUCUACAUGUGACCUUGUACCUACUAAUACAUUUGUAAUUUUGUUGUAUUUUGUUUAUGUAUUGAAUAACUGUGUACAGUUGCCAUAAAAUUCAUGUAAUAUACUGCACAUACAUUCCUUAAUGUUUGUAAAUUGUAUUUAUUAAUCUUUGAGGAUUGUGAACUUCAUUGUAAAAUAUCAAAUCCAAGUCAUCGAUCGGUUAUUCGAUGAUUGCUGGAGUAGUGUUCUGUCAAGACUGUAUAUAGAUAAAAAUUACUUAUG